UAAAAGUUAAAGCUACUUUAUAAUCUAAUAUUUUUUUGUCGUUUUUUCGGAAGUUUAUCUCUUCAACUUGGCGGAUCAUUGAGUAUCUGGGGUUACACGAGCGCUAACCCAAUGUGGAGGAGAAAAGAGACAAGAAGCAGCCUCAACGCAACCCGCGCAAGUUUGGUAACAAUUAUCCCAGUCCUCACGUCGUGCAUAUUCGACCUCUCGAUCGCAAAAAAUAUCAAGCAAGCAAGCAAGACAUAAGGUCGCUCCUGGUCCCCAGAUAGGUGAAUUCAAGGAAGAUCUUCACCGGAUGUCAAUCCUUGCUCGUGCGCGAUCCAGGCCGACACAGCCUUUCCAAAUUCCACAACGUCUGUUCUCAUCUUGCGCGUCCUUCUCAAGAGCCUGGCUUCCCAAAUACACACAAAAGGCCGGUACUUCACCACAUUAUCCCUCGCUUCGCCUCACUGUUCACCGUUCAUCCACCUGGCUACCUCCUCAAGUUAGGCGUCAAGUCAGCCACCGAUCUCACAUCGAAGCUAUGGCCUCUGCCCCGGAUGAAACCUACCUUAUUGUUGGAGCCGGAAUAUUCGGCGCAUCUACCGCAUUAUCUUUGAUACGCAAGUAUCCCGCAGCCAACGUCAGGAUCAUAGACAGAGAGCCCUUUCCUUGCCAACUAGCCGCCUCGUGGGACUGGAACAAGAUCAUCCGGGCUGAGUAUAAUGAUAUCUUUUACAUGAAGCUCGCUCUUGAAGCAAAAGACCAUUGGGAGAACGAUCCUAUGUACUCGCCAUUCUAUCAUGUGGCGAAUGGAGUCUGGAUCCAAGAUACCAACAUGGCUGAUGUCAUAUCCGACAACUACGCUGAGCUGGGCCUGCCAGACCUGGUCAAGCGGUAUACGGUUGAAGAAGGAAAGAAGAUCUACGAUGGCCUCUUCGAUCAGGCUGAGUACGAGGGUAUCGACCAAGUUCUUGUCAGCACAGGAACAGGCUGGGCAGAAGCCACAAAAGCAUUAACAAAAGUCCUUCAGGAGGCUACGGAAGCGGGACUUAGGCAUGUCAACGGGAAUGUCAUAUCACUCGUCUUCAAUGAUGCUGGGGAUUGUAUUGGAGUCCGGACUGCCUCUGAGGAGACGCUGACGGCCUCCAAGACCAUCCUGUGUACUGGUGCUGCGACAGCCAAACUCUUAGCGGACAGCGCACCAUAUCGUAAGGAACUUCACGCCGGGGGAAGGUUCAUCGCAGCUGCUAUGUGUACUGCGCUCAUGACUCCAGAAGCUGAGGCAUGUGCACAUUUCAAAGACGUUCCCAUUGUACUCCAUGAGAGACUACACUAUCCGGGUAGAGGUGGCUUCAUUCCUCCCACACCGGAUGGAAAUUUCAAGUGGUGGGCCGAUAUCACUUUCUCCAACCUCACCAAGCACGAGUCCGGAGAAGACAUUUCAUCACCUCCCACUGGUCCCUAUCAAGGUCAGUGGGACGUCCCAGAGUCGUUCCACGACGAAAUGAUCACGGGUCGAGAUGUCAUAUUCGGGGAAAAAGCGAAGCACUUUGGCUUUGACAAGUAUAGGUUUUGCUGGGAUGCGAUCAGUCGUGACGACAACUUCUUCAUCGGUCCCCAUCCGGCAUCGAAGAAUCUCUACCUUGCAACUGUAGGCUCGUUCCACUCAUGGAAAUUCCUACCGAUUAUCGGAUCUUACAUUGUAAAAAUGCUGGAGGGUACGUUGGAAGAUGAAUAUACUCAACGUUGGGCUUGGGACCGCGAGAUUGAGCGCGAAGGAGCUCAUGGGUACUGGCCGAAGAGAGAUUGGAAAGAUCUUAUCAAAGUGUAAGAAGUGAAAAAGUCCUCACGUAGUAUUCCAUUAAGCUCGGUCAAUUGGCAAUGUGGUUCUCAAGAGCUUUACCGCGAUUGACACGCUUCUUUUUGUGAUUUUUUUCAAUCGCUUGAGUAAAUGUGUACGAUCAGCCUAGCAAAAUUACAUGGAUUGUCACUAGUUAAUUUUCAGUCUCCAUCACUUCUAUAACAGGCUGGAAAUGUACGGAGAUAAUGUAGCGCGCGAGUGGAUGAUACGUGAAGGCAGCCUGAGGCUGCCUAGCACUUGUUUCAAGCACG